AUGCAAAAAAAUUGUAUUUGUAGCCCUAAAAGCAACUUUAAAUCCGGAAUGCUUCUCCAGGAACCUCAACCUCAGUUGUCCUCAUCUGAGAGAAAUGGCCGUUAGCUUUUCUAUGUUGUUAUUUCUAGACUCGUAAAAGCAGUUUGGUAGAGAUGUAGGCCUCUGAUUAGCCAAACUAGAGUAUCUGAUAAUAGGCUUUUCUGGUUUAGUGAUUUUGAUGGAUUUCCUUGUAAUUCACAGCUGUCUCUUCUUGCUAAGCUGGAGGUUUGCGCAGCACAAGCUGAAACUAUCUUGUGGGUAAUUGUUGCAUCUCUCAACUCAAUAGUUUUAAAUACUUACAUGUAAUUGUGGGGGAAAAAAAAAAGCCUCAUAUCUGUAUUUGUUUGUCAAAUAGAUUGUGAGGGAGAAGGUUUCUAUCUAAGAAGACAGUAGAUGUUCAGGAGAAAAAUAUGUGUUGAGACAAUGCAAUAGUAAUGGCAAAAGAUAAGAAGAAAGAUGGCAAGAAAUCAGAAAAAUCUGCACGUCGUCCUCCUCCAGCUCCCGCAUCAGCACCUCCUCCUCCUGCCCCUCCUCGCCCUCGACCUUCUGCACCAGCAACUGCAGUUGAGAGCAGCACAAGGAAGAUGGGAGGUUUGCAGACUGGGGAUGGAGGAAAGAAAAAACAAGCACGUCCUUUGGUAACAGAAAAAGCACCAAAGACAGGGGAAGUACCUCCAGCCCAUUAUGUUCCGUUAUACCCUGAGGAGUCUCUUCUCACUCGGGUUAUUGUAGAAAGGUAUGAAGGUGCUAAAGUCCAUGGACUGUAUGAAGGUGAAGGCAUUGCCUAUUUUGAGGGGGGAAAUACAUACAAGGGCAUGUUUUCUGAGGGACUUAUGCAUGGCCAAGGGACUUACACAUGGGCUGAUGGAGUGACAUACAAGGGGACUUUUGUUAAGAAUGUACAAAUGCAUCAUGGCUGUUACACGUGGAUUGAUGGCAGCACAUAUGAUGGAUCAAUCAGCAAUGGAGUUAGGCAUGGAUUUGGAUUGUUCAGGAGUGGUACGUGUGCAGUUUCUUACAUUGGCUACUGGUGUAAUGGCAAAAGACAUGGAAAGGGUACCAUUUACUAUAAUCAAGAACAUACCUCUUGGUAUUCAGGUGAAUGGGUAAAUAACAACAAAGAAGGAUGGGGAAUUAGAUGCUAUGAGUCUGGAAAUACCUAUGAAGGUCAGUGGGAGAAAAAUGUACGUCAUGGAGAAGGAAGAAUGAGGUGGUUGACUGCUAAUCAAGAGUAUAUAGGACAGUGGGAAUAUGGCAUACAGCAUGGAUUUGGCACUCAUAUAUGGUUUCUGAAGAGGAUGCCAUUGUCUCAGUAUCCUUUGAGGAAUAAAUACAUAGGUAAUUUUGUAAAAGGGGAUYGUCAUGGACAUGGGAGAUUCGUAUAUGCCAGUGGAGCAGUGUAUGAUGGAGACUGGGUGUGCAAUAAGAAGCAUGGCAGGGGCAAGUUUAUCUUCAAAAAUGGACAUGUUUAUGAAGGAGAGUUUGUAGAUGAUCAUAUAGCAGAAUAUCCUGCUUUUCAAGUGGAUGCAUUGAGUGAACAAGAUCUGAAUGCCAUCUGUGUACAAAGUCCUUUUGGCACUGAAAACAUCAGAAUAGUUAAUGGCUCACGAAAUACUUCUCUUCUGGGACCAAAUAUUGAAUUAGAUAUAUCUUCACUGCUUGACAUCUUCCCAGAGAAAGACAGACAAGAAGAAAUAAAGCAAGUAGAAUUUGCUGUGUUGAGACAUAUGACGAAACUGAGAAGAAUUUACAGCUUCUACAGUAGCUUAGGCUGUGAUCAUUCCUUUGACAACACCUUCCUGAUGACUAAGCUCCAAUUCUGGAGAUUUCUGAAGGACUGCCAGUUUCAUCGUUGCAACUUAACUCUUGCCGAAAUGGAUCGGAUAUUGAGUGGUGAUAAAAAACUGCUAGAAGAGAUACAUUCUCCAUAUGAGAGCUUAUUGUUCAAAACAUUUUUAUCUUUCCUUAUUCAUCUAGCAUUUCAUAUCUACCAUGAGGUGCACAAAGAGGAAGGUCCUUAUCUACAUAAGUGUUUCUUAGAAAUGAUGUUCAGGAAUAUUAUUCCCACUGCCUGCCAUAUACAGGGUAUUUUAUUUUCUGACCGUGCCAUUUGUGCCAUGAACUAUGUUGACAAAUGCUGGGAAAUAUAUAGAGCUUUUUGCAAGCCAAGUACCAAACCUCCAUUUGAACCCACAAUGAAAAUGAGACAUUUCCUCUGGAUGUUGAAAGAUUUCAAGCUUCUGAGUAAGGAAUUAACUGCUUCAAGUCUUGUGGAAAUACUUGUGAAAGACUAUCCCUCUCUACGUGAUGGUGAUAGCAGCAACCUGGAGCAGGAGUUGGUUUUUCUUGAAUUUUUUGAAGCUCUUCUGGAUUGUGCACUGGUGUAUGUUACCAGUGAUGUGAUUAAGCAGCAAGUAGAGUAUUAUAUUCAGAAAGGAAAUAGCUUUAGAAUUGGAAGUCCCUCCGAGGGAACCACAACAUUGAUGCAGUACCCAGAAUAUUAUCUGUCCCAGUCUGUUUGCAGGAGAAGUGUAAUGAGUACAGACAAAAAUGAUGAGCCUUACUCAUGCCUGUCUUCAAACAAAAAUGCCCUGUCAAAAAAGGGAACAAAGAUUCAUGAGUCACAGAGACCCUGUGAAGACACAUUGCUGUGUUUCCAAGACUUUCGUAUCGGUAAUCGUCUCAUACUCCAUGCAGCACAUUCUUGUUUCAAAGAUACUCAUUGUAGAUGGGAUGCAGAAAAUGGACAAAGUUUCUGCCCACCAGAGGACCUGGCAGAAAAAAGAGAAGACAAAAAUGAACAAAAUGAGGAAGUUGGUCUGCAGCUGUGUCAGAUGCAGAUUUUUUUUAUCUGUAACUUAUUUCCUGCCUACCAGCAUGAGCAAGUGCUGAAGGAAAAAAUAAAAGAAAAUCGAAUUCGGGAUGCUGAAAUAGCUGAGCUGCGGAAACUAAAGGAUGAGGAGCUGGCAAAACUUGUUGCUGAAAGAGAAGCAGAAGAGGCAAAAAGACAAGAAGCUGAAGCAGAAAAAGCAUCAUCUGAGCUCAAGAAUGGAGCACUUCACGAGUCAGACUCUGUUACCCACUCAGUAUCUUCCUCAAAGGAAGAGGCACCCAUCGCACCACCCCCAGCUGUUACCAAGGUUGCUGCAGGGACRAAGAAAAAGAAAAAGUAAAUCUUCGAAAGACAACUGAUGCUUUAUACUGGGCCAAGUUCUACAAUGCAUUGACAACUGUGUAGGCUUGCAGAGGAACCAUAUCUAGAGCAUGAACCCAGAAUAAAUUCACUUCUCAAACAUUUUCCCCUUGCGGGAAGCAGCAACAGAUGAUGACAGUUAAUAACAGUUACCUUCCAUAGUGCUGCAGAUUUCCUGGCAUUUCAGCACGUAUUGGAGAAUCU